CCAUAUAAACCACAAAGCAAAAAAUAGGGUUUGAAAGAAAGAAAAAAAAAAAACUUUUUUCUUUUUCUAAAUCUGAGUGCUUUUUGAGAAAUGGCAAGAUCAUCAGCAAUGUCCUCAGAACCUCUUGUUGUUGGUAGAGUGAUUGGUGAUGUUCUUGAUUCCUUCACACAAAGCAUGAAGAUGAGUGUUUUUUAUAGCAAUAAUAAGCAAGUUUUCAAUGGCCAUGAGUUCUUUCCUUCUGCUGUUGCUGCUAAACCUAGGGCUGAAAUCCAUGGUGGUGACCUGAGAUCUUUCUUCACUCUGAUUAUGACUGACCCAGAUGUUCCUGGGCCAAGUGACCCUUAUUUAAGGGAGCAUUUACACUGGAUCGUGACAGAUAUUCCUGGUACAACCGACGCCACAUUCGGUAGGGAGGUAGUAAGCUACGAGACUCCAAAGCCAAACAUAGGAAUCCACAGGUUUGUUUUUGUUCUAUUCAAACAGAAGAGAAGACAAUCGGUGAAUCCACCCUCUUCAAGGGAGCGUUUCAACACCCGAGCAUUCGCGGUCGACAACGACCUGGGUCUCCCCGUCGCUGCCGUCUACUUCAAUGCCCAAAGAGAAACUGCUGCAAGAAGGCGUUAAAACCGUCGUCUGGCAACAGUAGUGAUCCCAGUGGACCAAAAUAUUUUGAAUUCUAGAAGAAAAUUAAGAAAACUAUAGUAUUAAUAUAUUAAUCUGAGUCUUUCUAUUUCCUCUCCCUUUAACAAUAUUAACCACUUUGUAUGGUGAUGAUAGAAGGAAAAGGGAGGGAGAUUAGAGAUAAUUCUCAGAUUUGUAUAUUAGAUAAAAAUAAUCUAUAUUUGCAUGAAGGGAGAAUAAUUUGGACAUGCAAAAAGGAAGAAACGUCGCCGUUUUCUUUUCCUCUUUGGUGUCUUUAAUUAGUUUUUAUUGUAUGUGCUAAUGAAUUUAGUUUGAGAUGAUUUACAAUUAUUACCACAGUUUGUUUUUAGUUUCAAAUUAAAAUAUAUAUGAAAUGGUCCAUUUGGUAA